AUGAAUGACACGGAUUUCAACAGGCCCGUCGCCGUAAUAACAGGGGCCGCCGGCAGCCUAGGACGAGCCAUGGCCCAAGAGUUCGCCCUCGAAGGCCGUUCCCUCAUCCUAUGCGACCUCAAAUCCGUCGACGCGGCGAUGCACUCCGUCCGGAACCUCCUGUCCACCCGCUCCAUCACAGCCGUGACGGGCGACAUCACGCGCGCCGGCUUCCCCGCCCAGAUCAAGGCCGCGCUCGGCGGGCGCAAGAUAUCAGCCCUCGUCCACGCCGCGGGCGUCUCCCCGGCCGUCAAGGACGGCAGGCGCAUCUUCGACGUCAACUUCACCGCCGCCCGGCUCCUGGUCGACGCGCUCGCGCCCGAGAUGCAGCAGCCCGGCGGCGUCGUGAUACUCGUCGCCUCGGUGGGGGCCAAGCUGGUGCAGAACUCGGCGGUGGACCUCGCUGUGAAGAGGCACCUCAAGGGGGCGCGGUCUCCGACGCUGUGGGCGCUCAAGCGGUGGCCGUACACCGCGUACUCGGUGUCUAAGCGCUGCAUGCAGCUUUAUGCCAGGAAGAUGGCGCGGCAUCUGGCUCAGCCCUCUGCGACCGGCCCCGGGGGUGUUCGCAUAGUCACCGUGUCGCCGGGGGUGAUUGACACGGACAUGACUCUCCACUAUGCAUCUCGCCCGAAUAUAUCUACCUUCGUGGGGUCGGGUCCCAUGGAACGAAUGGGGAGGCCGGAAGAAGUUGUCCCCGUGAUCAAGUUCUUGGCCUCGGAAGGCGCAAGCUACAUUACCGGGGUGGACAUUUUGGUCGACGGUGGCAUUGUUGCAUCAAGGAGGCGGGUUUUGAAGAAUACAGCCAAGGUUGUGAUGAAGGAGAGGCGUGAGAAGAAGAAGGCAUUGAAGAAGUUUGAAAAGGAGGAAAAAUUAAGGAGGUUGGAUACCAAAGGCAAGGCGAAGGAGCCUCCAGUCUACAAGGAGAUUGAGGAGUGA